AUGUCCUGUAGUCGUUACGAGCAAACACAAUAUCAGCGUCCGAUUCGUUCAUCGAAUAUUUAUUUAUCAAUUAAUUCCCGUUAUGUACCAUUCCGUCUGCCAAAUUUGAUUGAAAAUGCAACGCAUAUUGAUACACUAGUAUUAUGUGCACAUACAUGUUUAAACAAUGAUAAUUGUAACACAGCCAAUUAUUUCCCAAAUAUUAAAGUAUGUUCAUUGUAUACCGAAUAUUUGACAAUGGGUCAGCUUCUACCAGAUAUAAUCACUGUUAUUAGUCUAUCACAAUGCCCAACAGGACGAAAUUAUCCCGGAGGAAUAUGUGCUCCACCACAAACAUUCAGUUUACCAUUACCUAUUGUGCCCAAUGGUACAUGGAAUCAAACAGGUGUUAUUGUUGCAUCUAAUUUAAGCACUCCAUACCAGGUUGCUGUCGAUUCUGCUUUAAAUGUAUAUGUGGUCAAUUCUAGUCAAGGCACUGUAUUAAAAUUUUCUCCGAACAACAGUAAAAAUUCAACGACUAUAGCAAGUGGUUUAAAUUUGCCCUUCUAUACUUCUGUCGACUCUUCAGGAAAUGUUUAUGUGUCAGAUUCUUUCAAUCAUCGUGUCAUGAAAUAUCCACCUGGAUCCGAUCCUUCUACUGGAGGCAUUGUUAUUGCUGGUGGUCAUGGCCCGGGCGGUGCCGCAAAUCAAUUAAACACCCCGUCCGGAAUUUUCGUCGAUUGUGCAGGUACCGUCUACAUUGCGGAUCGUCUUAAUAAUCGGAUUCAACGUUGGUCUGUCAAUUCGACUACCGGUGUCACUGUAGCCGGUAGUAGUUCGGGUGUGAGUGGAAAUGAUUCAAUGCAUCUUAAUUUACCACUGGAUGUUCAGUUCGAUAAUACUGGGAAUAUGUACAUUGCUGACCACAACAACAAUCGUAUUCAGAAAUGGUUACCCUUUGCUAGUUCUGGAACAACAGUAGCUGGAAAUGGUACUCACGGUAGCAGUUUUAAUGAGGUCACCCCAGUAAUGAUGUUUGUUGAUAGUUAUAUGAAUAUUUUUGUAGUAGACAACAGUAAUAAUCGCAUAUUAAAAUUUUCUUCUGGAGUAAUCAAUAGCACAGUUCUACUGACUCUGGCGGGCGCAGAGGGUUUAGCCAUCGAUAAGCUUAUAUGUGCCGAGCGGCACCGCGGUUCGUAA